UUAAGCAAAAGAUGAUAUCGAUCAAAAUUGUGAAGGUGGUGCUGUAGAUGCUGUAGAUCUUCUUAUUUGUUCCUGUGAAUAUAAACUGGUAGCUUGUCACGAGACGUUCAUACAAGUGAAGAAACCCUCAGCUGGCAAGAUGAAGAUGGUAUCAGCUACCUUGCUUCUGCUACUUUUGCUAACUGAGCCACCAAAACAAGGUUCUGAAGCAUUUCCAGUGUCUUGCUGUUUAAAACUUUGUGGCAUCAAAGUACGGAAAGAGUUGCUCAAAGGCUACAGCCUACAAGACAAACCCUUAUGUCCAGUGAAGGCUGUGAGAUUUGUCACAAACAAUGACCUCACAAUCUGCUUGGACCCGUCUACACUUUGGGCCAUUAAAACCAUGGCCUUUUUGAACAACAAAGACACCGUACAAGGGAAUAGCACAACCCCCGAUAAUAAUGAUAACAAAACAUCAUCUUAUAUUUAAUCAAAGUCUUACUUGUACUGAAUAUCACUGUGUUCAAAUAUUUGAUUAUCAAAAUUUAAUAGCGUUAAGUAGCAUUAAGUAGCGACUUUGUAUUUUUCAUCUUUUCAAACUUCAUGAUCUAUAAAAUAUUAUUCAAAUUCUUUGUGAAGGAUAUAUACUAUGUAAACUUUUGAUCUUUUCCAAACUUCGUAAUUUAUCAACUGACAAUAAAGUUUGUUUUUCUAUUUCUGAA